CCCGUUAGAAGUGGCAUUGGCAGGGGAGCGUGGGAGUUCGUCGGCACAGAUUUCGUGGCGGUUCUUACGUGCAGAUGGCUUCAAUGGGAGACAAGCAGCGAGGAGCCGGCGAGUGGAUCUCACCCAUUCGAGCAGCUCGUUGCCGUUUACAUGUGAUGGUAGAUGCACUGCGCUCACAAUUGGGAGCUCGAUUUGAGGCUGAUGGGGGGGCAGCUUCAUCAAACCCGCCGUUUCGGGAAGUGAUGAGGAACAUGAUGCAGAUCAUCUGGGAGUUGGAGGAGGAUGGUCUCAUGAAUGGUCAACAGGAGGAGACUCUGAAGCGGUGUUGCUACGACAUCUUCGAGGAGGGGCAAGAUGUGUACGCAGCACUGGAGGAGGAGUGGUACUUGCACUUUGAGACGGAAGAUGAAGAUAAUACUGACGCGAGCAUCAUCAGCUGUGACGAGAUUGGGGAGAGCCAAGCUCGAGGUGAUGACGUACUCGCUAUUGACAAACACGCCAAUGACAACAAUAAAUUUGUGCAGGUCCGUGGUACAAACAUGGGGAUCGUGAGCUUGGGCGCGCGCGACAAUAAUGACAACAACAACAACAACAACAACAACAACAACAUCAGCAGCAACAACACCUACAGCAACCAUGACGCAGAGAUUGUGGACGCUGGCAACACCAUGAUUGUCGUGCAUGACACUGGAACAACACAGUACUUGGGAAGAGACAGUUCAGAUUGGGGCUGGUGGGGGGAGGGAGGUACUAGGGUGUUGCAGUAGGUAUCUGGCGCCGGUUCUAAGGUGAAGAGGUUCCCCCCUCCCCCCCUUCCUGCUCAGUCAAUCCCCUGGAUGCCAGGGUAAUCAAUGCUGGCAGGACUC